AUGGGCUCUAAUCAUCUUUCUUUGACUUGGGUUCUUCUAGUUUUCUUGGCAUUACCCACAAAAUUUGCGAUCCAAGCUCAAGGAAUCAAGUCCACAAGACUCCUCGACCUUGCAAUUCGAUAUUACACGUUCAAGUCGUACAAGAACUUCAAAACAGGCAUGUCAUACAACGUUCAUUUGCCAUCAAAUCUAACAGGUGUUAAUGUGAGCACUGUGAAGUAUCGUUGUGGAAGCCUCAAGAGGUAUGGUGCAAGUAUCAAAGAAUUUCACUUGGGAGUUGGUGUGGAUGUUCAUCCAUAUGUAGAAAGAGUCCUUGUAGUAACACAAAAUCUAGGAAUCAAUUGGUCGAAUAUUUACUAUGAUAAUUACCAUGAGUUAGUAGGUUAUCAACUUGUGUCUCCUGUCUUAGGGUUAUUAGCAUAUAACGCUGUCGACGAUGCAAAGUUUAAUGUGCAAUUUGAGGUCAAAAUUCAGUCACCACAAGUAAAUGGAAUAAAAAUUGAUUUUAGUAAUUACACAAUGAUAAAGAACAACACGUUACAUGGUAGGAUACAAAUGUGUGCAACAUUUGGAGACGAUGGUAAGGUGGCACUUGAAAAAGAGGUUGCGCCAAACAUUUGUGGCACCAGGAGCCAAGGCCAUUUUGGGUUGGUGGUACAAUCACCAAUAUUAUUGCCGGAGAGGAAGAAGAUAAAGCGGUGGAAGGUGGUGUUUGGAAGCUCAUUUGGGGCAGGGAUUGGGGCUUUUCUUUUGGGGUUACUAUUGGUAGCCAUGUUUGUGAAAGUGAAGAAGAAAGCUAGAUUGGAAGAGCUGGAAAGAAGGGCAUAUGAAGAGGAAGCGCUUCAAGUUUCCAUGGCUGGACAUGUGAUUCGAACUCAUAAUGUUUAG